CUGAUAGCCAAACCUGAGAAACAGUCUUAUUUCAUCAGAUUUCAGCUAUCCUAGCUAUUUCCUUCCAGGUCAAAGUCUGUCACUCAUAAACUGUGACUUAAGCAUGUGUGGAUCAUAAAGAUUAUGUGUGUAUAUUCUAGCUACUGAUGAGUACUGAUAGCUUCAAGGAAGUUCAAAGCACACUGGGGACAGUCCAAGUAGACUGUCAGACUGAGGUUUUGUCGCAUUAGCAAAGUAAAGACAGUCUUUUGAGAAAUUCUGCUGGAGUAAAAGCAUGGGCUGUUGGGCAAAGCUGAAGUCGUCCAGCUGGGCUUAUCCUACCAUCGUCCUGUCACUCUAUGGGUUUUUUGCUAACUGCAGAGUAGCAGAGCCUUUCCUCACACCAUACCUAAUUGGACCACACAAGAACAUCUCUGAAGAAGUGGUGAUCAACUACCUGUUCCCUAUUUGGACAUACUCCUACCUGGCCUUCCUUUUCCCUGUCUUCCUCCUAACUGACUUCCUUAGAUACAAGCCAGUCAUUAUGGUACAGGGGCUCUUCCUUGUCACCAACUAUGUCCUGCUCUGCUUUGCCCCAGGUCUGCCUGCUAUGGUCUUCCUUCAGGUCAACUAUGCUGUAGUGACCUCCACUGAGGUGGCCUACUUUUCCUACAUUUACAGUGUAAUUCCAGUUGAGAAUUACAGAAGAGCCACCAGUUACCUGCGCAGUGCCUCGUUGGCUGGAUAUACAUUUGGUGCCAGUCUCAGCCAAGUGCUCGUCUCCCUUGCAGGAAUGGACUACUUCUACAUCAAUGCUAUCACUCUGGGGAUUGUGAGCAUGGCUUUUCUCGUCUCCUUCUGGUUGCCCAUGCCCCAGAGGAGCAUGUUCUUCAAAGGGGAAAAGACUGCAGCUGUACAUUCACAGUCGCAGCAGGUGGGGCCACAGGGAGCACAAAGGCCUGAGGAACCAGUGAUGGAUAAGGAUGAAGGUGGCUCAGUGAAAGAGAAAAUGGAGCAUAAUGGCAGCCCUGGCUGGUGCAGCAGAGAAAAUGUGGCCAAUGCAGGCCUUCUACUUUGGCAAAGCUUCAGGGAGUCGUACUCUUCCAGGCAUUUAAUCUACUGGUCCCUGUGGUGGGCUCUGGCCACAGCAGGCUACAUGCAGGUCUUUAACUACAUCCAGCCAAUGUGGGACCAUAUAGAACCAUCGGCCACAUCAUCCAUCUACAAUGGAGGUGUAGAGGCUGUGUGCUCUCUUGUAGGUGCCGCAGCAGCCUUCUCUGUGGGCCACAUCAAGGUGACCUGGGCCGUGUGGGGAGAGCUGGCACUGGGGUUGUUCUCAGCUGUAGGGGCAGGUGCUGUGUUUCUGAUGGCGCUCACCAGCAGUAUCUGGGCAUGCUAUGCUGGUUAUGUCAUAUUCAAGUCCUGCUACAUGCUUCUCAUCACCAUUACAACUUUUCAGAUUGCAUCUCACCUCUCCAUGGAGUGCUACGCUUUGACAUUUGGGAUCAACACCUUCGUGGCCCUCUCACUGCAGACCAUCAUUACCGCCAUUGUUGUUGAUGAAACUGCACUGGGACUGGACGUCGUGACACAGUUCAUCAUCUACGGCAGCUACUAUGCUGCCAUCUCAGUGCUGUUUCUGAUUCGUGGAAUCUACACCGCCUGUGUAAAUCAUCACAGUCUUGGGCAGACAGAAGCCGAGGAGCAAGGGUCCAAUGUGGAGGUGAUCUCUGCUGAACGUUUCUGACCAAGGUUAACAAACUGUUAUAGUCUAAACUGUAGUAAAUGUGCAGAUGAUUGUUUAAUUUGUGUAACGAGUAUCUUAUUGCCUCAAUAAUGGUAGCCAUAGACACUACAAUGUUCUAAAGCUGCUGACUGACCUCAGAGUUUUUUUUAUCUUAUCUCUACAAUUUCUCUCAAAAAGCACAAUAAAGUUGCAAUUAUUGAUGAUUAGUAAAGUA